AUGUUCAUUGAAAUAACCGGCCAUCGCAAGAACAAUGAAAAAGACAACCUUCACAACAAUAAUUUAAAAUCCAAAAGAAAUCCUUUGAAAAAGAAUGCUGGCAGAAUUAUGGACAUGCUUCUUCCAGAACAGUUCUUAAAUGUCGAAAAGUUUCUAGAUUUUCCUGUAAAGAUGUAUCAAAAUAACGAUUUUGUUAGUAUUUGUGAUAAGUUUCUUGAAAAACCCACGAAGUUAAUAGAAGACUCUUGGGAAUCAGUUGGUAAUGAAAAAUCUAAUGAGACUUUUGUUUAUGCAGCAUAUGUAGAUAAACGUGAAAGUUUGUAUGAAGUUAAAUUAGUAGCUAUAUCUAAGGGCGUAGAAAGUUAUUCAGAAAAUGUUAAAUAUUGCUACUUAUGGUUUCAUGACAAAGACAAACCAGAAAUUGUUAUGGUUCAACAACGUUCUGACAAUCAUUUUGACGCUCUCACACGGUAUGCAGGAUUCUUUUUUAAUUGUCACUGGAAUGAUAAAGUGGCCACUCCAUAUGCAGUUUCACUUUCUACUAAACCCUGCUCAGAGCAAAAACGUUUUUUUAAAAUCAAAGAUAACUCUUUUUACAUGAAAAAUUCUUUGUACAAUUUCUCAGUAUGUGUAACCCCAUUACAUAAUAAUUACAACAACGUUAGUCAACUGAUAGAAAUGAUUGAAAUUAACAGACUUUUUGGAGCCAAUCAUUUUACUUUUUAUAAACAUUCUGUUGGAGAUGAACUUCAAAGAGCAUUAAAUCUUUAUGAAAAAGAAGGUAUCAUUGAUGUUUUGAAUUGGAACCUACCAGUUAAUGUGGAUCCAUUUCCUGAAGAUCCUAGAAUAGAAAUUGAGAUUCACUACUUUGCUCAGUUAGCAGCUCUAAAUGAUUGCCUGUACAGAAAUUUCUUGAAAUAUAAGUUUAUAGUUUUUUCUGACAUGGAUGAAUUAAUUGUUCCCCAACUUCACAAUAGUUGGUUUGAAAUGCUAAGGCAUGCUUCUGCAGAAUGGAGCUCUAGAAAUGUUCUUUUACAGGAUGUGCAAACUUUUCAGCCUAUAAUAGGAUCAUAUAUGCUGAGAAACGUUUUUAUACCUAUUCAAUGGUCCGAAAAUACAUUGGCUAAUUAUUCAGAGUUCGAUGAAACAACUGAACAUCUUCUAAGUAUCUACCAAAUCAAUACAGCUUUCAGAACAUACUGUGAAAAAAAAAUAUAUCCUGGAUAUAUUAGAUCGAAAUACAUUGUUAGAUCCCAUGUUACAAAAUUAGUAGCUGUGCAUCAAGCAAUGAAAUUUAUAAACUACAAAAAUCUUUGGCAAAUAACUGUUGAACCUCACACUGGAUUGCUAUAUCAUUUUCGGCAGUGGAUUGACAAUAAAGAGGGAAACUUUAAAAACAAAUGCGGCAGAUUAUUAAAGUUUUUACCAAAAUACUUAAAUAGCAUCCUUGAAAAGUUGAAGCUUUUAGAAUCAUAA